AUGGAAGGACCAAACGGGUCUCACUUUGGGAUAGACACUAUUUUGGCCAACAGUUCCGGCAGCCCGGUGCUGAUCAACGGUGAUUAUCGUCACGGCGACAGCAGGACUUCAGAUUUUCGAAAUCAGGCCACCCCGUCUCCCAGCUCGGAGGUAGACACGGCGGGCACGGCUCCCCUUUCACCCAUCUCCAUGGAGCACCAGGAACAGCAUCUCGGGCCGGAGAAGAUUCACCAACAUCAGCAGCAAAGUUUGCAGCCGCCGCAACCGCAGCAGCAACUCGCCGCCGGCGGCUCUGGUCCCAGGACUUCCACCUCUUCGUUUUUAAUCAAAGACAUCUUGGGCGAUAGCAAACCGCUAGCAGCCUGUGCCCCUUACAGCACCAGCGUCUCCUCGCCCCAUACUCCGAAACCAGAGGCAGAGUCCUUUCGGCAGAAGGUAGAUUCCGAAGAGACGAAGAACAAACUCGACAAACGAGAUGACACAGCAAGUGAUAACAUCAAAUGUAACGGAACAAAAGAAGAAGGCGACCGUGAAAUAACGAGUAGCCGGGAAAGUCCUCCCGUGCGGGCGAAGAAACCUCGGAAAGCAAGGACGGCCUUCUCGGACCACCAGCUCAACCAACUUGAGCGCAGUUUCGAGCGCCAGAAAUACCUGAGCGUCCAGGACCGCAUGGACUUGGCAGCGGCGCUCAACCUGACAGACACCCAGGUCAAAACCUGGUAUCAGAACAGGAGGACGAAGUGGAAAAGACAGACUGCUGUAGGGCUGGAGCUGCUGGCCGAGGCCGGAAAUUAUUCCGCUUUGCAGAGAAUGUUCCCGUCUCCCUAUUUCUACCAUCCAAGUUUGCUAACUAACAUGGACACAACGGCGGCGGCGGCUAUGUACAUGUACCGGACUCCACCGCCUCAUCCCGGACUGCAGCGGCCGCUGGUCCCGCGAGUUCUCAUUCACGGGCUCGGCCCGGCAGGACAACCAGCACUCAACCCCCUGCCCAACCCUAUCUCCGGUACACCACACCCCCGGUGA